AUGGAGACUAAUUUUUCCUUUGACUCAAAUUUAAUUGUUAUUUUCAUUAUCACGUUGUUUGCCACAAAAAUUAUUGCUAAAAGGUUCUUAUCUUCUCCCAAAAUGGUAUCACAAGAAACAGUUUCCCACGUAAAGGAUCUGAUUGCUCAAAAAGACGUCUUCGUUGCUGCGAAAACAUACUGCCCUUACUGUAAAGCCACCUUGUCCACUCUAUUUCAAGAAUUGAACGUUCCUAAAUCUAAGGCUCUUGUUUUAGAAUUGGAUGAAAUGAGCAAUGGGUCAGAAAUCCAAGACGCCUUGGAAGAAAUCUCUGGUCAAAAAACUGUCCCCAACGUAUACAUUAAUGGCAAGCACAUUGGUGGUAACAGUGAUUUAGAAACUUUGAAGAAAAAUGGCAAAUUAGCAGAAAUAUUGAAACCGCUCUUUCAAUAG